AAUCAUAUAGCAGAAAAUACAAUGGCCAGAGGAGCGUCGCAAGCUCUAAUGGCGAUGAGAAUGCUGGAAGCAUUAACCAUAAUUUCAGUAUUGGAAAUAAUAACGGAACCCAUGAUAGUAUUCUCAGCAAUGAUAGCAUAACGGAAGUAUUAAAAGCAGGCAUUAUAAAAGUUUAA